CAGAGCUCCCACCGUGAGCAACAAGACGAAGCUGCUUUUAUUUAAUCCAAACCCGUUGAAUUGACUCUUAGCCGAUGUAAUAAGGUGUUUCCAUAAGAUAUUUUAGUAAUUUAUAAGGCGUCUUGGGAGUUCCAGGACAUUUGCGUCGGUGAUAUCCGCUCCUAGCGGCAGCUGGUGGCGAUGCUACUGCUUGUGACCAUCAGCUAGCCCAGGCUUAGCUGGCUCGGAGUGACGGGGACAGAGAACCGUGGGCGAAGGCAGCUGGUAACAUCAGGCAGCUGACACCAGCACACAAGAGGAAAAUAUAUAUAUAUAUACACACAUAUAUAUAUAUAUAAAAAGGCUGUGAAAUCUGCCUGUGGGUGUUUGAAAACGGUAGCAGAAAAAGCCCCACAAUGAGCUCCGAAGAGACAGCAGCGCCCAGCAAAGCCGCUCCGGAUGAUGAUGGCAUGACCUGGUGGUACAGAUGGCUCUGCAAAAUCGCUGGGGUUUUGGGAGGAAUAUCCUGCGCUGUCUCGGGAGUGUGGAACUGCGUCACUGUGAACCCUUUAAACAUCGCUGCUGGAGUAUGGAUGGUGUUGAAUGCCUUUGUGCUGUUCCUUUGUGAGGUCCCAUUCUGCUGCCAGUUCAUAGAGUUUGCAAAUGCGAUCGCAGCCCGCGCAGACAAAUUCAAGCCCUGGCAGAAAGCCCUCUUCUACUGUGGGAUGGCCCUGUUUCCCGUGUUCCUGAGCUUCUCCAUUACAACGCUGUUUGGAAACGCCAUCGCCUUUGCCACAGGAGUUCUUUAUGGCCUUGCAUCUUUAGGCAAAAAGGGAGACGCUGUGACUUACGCCAGACUGCAGCACCAGAAGCAGGGAGACGAAGAGCGGACGGCAGGGACGGUAAACGGAGCUCCGGAGUGAGGAAUCUGAUUCUCCUCCUGCCCUCGUCUUGUUUUGCAGUUUUUACACUUGGACCUCUCCGUUCAUCCUACCUUUUGUCAUGUUCUGAUUUUCCAACACUACAUAGUUGUUUAUUUAACUGCUUAGUUUAGUGCAUUUUUUUUUGUUGCUGUUCUGAACCAAUACUGUCAACAAACAUCGAAUUGAUUUAUUUACCUCCAAUCUAAAAGAUGGAAUUCAUCACCAUGGCUCAACACUUUUGAGGUUAUGCUUUAAAUUCUUCCUUUAGAUUUUAGUUUUUUUUUUGUUUUGUUUUUUUAGCAAACAUUUGGGGGUUUUGGGGGUUUUUUUCCUCAAAGCCUCCCAGUAAAUUACACGUGAAAUGAUUGUGAUAGAAACACAAUUGAUCUCAGCUUGUUCAGGCAAUGUAGAGACAUGCAGUGCGGGGCAGAAGCUCACCAGCUAAAGAUUUGACAUUUUUAUUAUUUACUAAUGACAGUAUGACCGUUAGAAAGCUGUAAGAACUGAGUUUAUGUUCUUCAGAGGGGGAGGAAAGGAAAACCCAUUUACAGUGGUAGUUAUCCCACCAGCUGAAACAAACAAAUUUGACUGUAUAAUAUAUAUUUUUACAUGAAACCGCCACCUGACUUGGAGAGAAAAGCCAAACUACAGAGAUGUGUGGCUGCAUUUUAGGGAAAAUGGAACUCUGUUGCUUGAAACUACUGAGUCUUACUGGGGAUGUAAUAAUAUUAAUGCCAAAAUGGUACACAUGCAGAAAUGCUUCCGUUAUAAAGUUUGAGUUUAUCAAAAAGAAACCACAGGUCUGCCCACUACAUGAGAGUUACAAUGUUUGAUGCUUUUUGUAACAAAAGGACAAAUUUAAAAUAGGAGUAGAGCAGUGCAGUUUCAUAAAUCACAAUGAUGUUUGCAUUUAGUUUAUUACUUGUUUUUGUGGUUGUGCUGGUUUUUAUUUAAAACUGACAUUAUAAAUGAUCCAAUCAAGCCAGAUACAGUUAAGGAAACUAUGUUUAAAAAGGGAAUAGCAUUUUUUACCGCAUCACGAUAGUCUCCUACAGAAAAAUGUGAAAAUGAGCAGGGAAAACAUGAAAACAGGCAGGUGGGUUUCUUUAGGAUAAUUUGGAUAAAAUCUACAGUGAGAACAAUAAUUAAAAAGUUUUUUUAAACCUGGUGGUGUGUUGGACGAAGAACCAAGUUUAUUUUCAUUGGCAGUGGAUGUGCUUAGAAAUGGCGAUUCAAUGUGUUUGAGAACUUCAGGACAGUUUCCAGUGUGAGUUUAUGCUUCUUCAGUAAUUCAAAUCUAUUUUAAAGCUUUCAAUGCGUUUUCAUCAGGGGUGAAAGUAAAUAUGGAGAUCUCUGUUUAUUCAUAAAACUUAAAGUGUUUCCUUAACCUCUUCACUGUCUUUUUGUCACAGCUUUUGUUACCUCUUUUGUUUUAAUUUGUUUUUUGAUCAAAUGAGAAAUCUUGUAUUCCCUUCACUUUUUGAACAGUUUUGACUUUAUGGGCUUUGAUCAAUUAAGUCUCAGACUCCUGAGUUUUUAACCCAUUUCAGCCAAACCUGGAGCUCAUAAUAGGAAGAUGUAUUGAGGUAUAAUAACAUGGCACACAAAAACCUCUGAACAGUGGCUUGUGGGCAUUUAUGAACAAAGGCAAAAGGGAUUGAAUGUAUCUGGUUUAUCCAAAGAUUUCCACACGGUUUCUUAGUUUUGUGUGGGACUUUUGUGUUCUUUUCUUUUUUUUUUGUAUUCCCAGAUAAGCUGAUUUAGUGUAGCUCAGCCUGUGUAGCCUAUAGGGAGCUGGGAUGUGUGCUCAUUUGUAAAACAUUUUGUAAAAUUGUUUUUUUUUUUUUUUUUUUAUUCUUUCUCUGUUUCUUUAUACGAAUUGGGUCAUUAUUACCAGUUUAAUGGAGGGAAGUGUUUUUCUUCAGGGACUGCAUGCCACUCAUUAGGCAAAGUGAUGGUUUUCCUUAGUCAUGAUAAGCGAGACGGAGAUUGUACGAUUUAGCUGUUUUUAUUGCCUUGCCCCAGAAAAACGAAUGCUGCUUGCAUGUGUCUCUUAUCCUUUGCUGUCUAAAAGUCUCUAUUCUGUCAGUUUCCGAUUAAGUUUUAUUUAAUGUACCACCAGGGACAGCUCUCAGGUAACAUACAGAAAUAGCUCCAGCUGCACGACUUUGAAACUACCGUGUCACUUUAGCCAGUUGAAAUACUUUAGCAAUCUCCGGUGUUGGUGAAUGCUUAACUGAUGAUUACUCUCCUGGUCCACACGCAUUUGAUUUAUUGUCUUUAUUUAGUUCGAGCGAUUCGCCCGUUUGAUUCAUCUGUUUCCGGCGGGUGUUUAAUGCCGUUUUAGCUGUAAGAGGUACGUGUACAGUCAUUGUGUGUUGUGAUGUGAAGUCUGAUUCUGAAUUUGGUGAAAUAAACUUGCUACUACCA